AUGGUUGUUACUCCAUUCCAAUCAAUUACAGCACUAUUGUCGCGACUAAGUCUUCAAGGGAGCAAUGCAAGUAACAACACCCAACAACAACAACGCAAUGAACGACAAUCGACCGCAGCCAUCGACACCAUGCCAGUUACUCAAUGCGGAUCAAUUACAACACGAUUGUCGCGACUAAGUCUUCAAGAGACCAAAGCCAAACGCCAUAUGAAGCGACCAUCACCUACUGAUCCUGGCACCAAGGGACGUGUCAACAAGCCCAAGCGAUCCAAACUAAAACCAUCAGUCCAAGCAAAAGCACUACAAAGACGUCUCGAUCGAGCAUUCACUCAACGCAUGUACGUCGUGAGUCGUGUACAGAAAAACGACCAUCACAUCGAAUUCCAUGUGCUCGGUAGCACAGGAAAUCACUAUACCGUUCAUAUCACAAACAAAAUGAGGUGCGAUUGCUACGACUAUCAAUACAAACGCCUCCAUUGCAAACAUUUGUUGCUCGUUCUCGCCAGGGUGCUUCACGUCGAAAAGGGUUCGCCAGCGUAUGCCAAACUUUCACUGACAGACGACGAACUAGAACAGGUGUUUGCAAAUUGUGUGCCUGACCCUGAUGUGAUGGUAUAA